ACCAAUCAGAACACAGUUAGAUUCAAAUACGCCAAACUGGCGCGGCGCAGCAAAGGAGGAAAGACCGGGCUAAGCUAGUGUAACGGUUGGGGUUGGCGUGAACUGAGAUACUUAGUUGGGAUUAUUAAUAUUUUCAAGGGAAGAAUAGGUAUCAUUUUAGUGCCAUGAAGUCCCCAAGAUGUGUGGAGUCGCUGGACGCAGAAACGUUAGCUGUGUCCAACGAUCUCCACAAAAUGCAACUUAAUGCUUUAAGAGAGCUGUUAUCAAUUUGGAGAGACAUGGGUAUCCAUGGCGAAGCUAAGGAUUCUAGACUUAAAUCUGUUAGUUCCCAUGUUUCGCGGCUUCUGCAAGAUAUGGUUGAGGAGGAAAAAAAUAACAAGUUGAUGCUCGUUCAAAGAAUAACACAGUAUUGGAAAGAUAUCCGUAAGCUUGGCAAGGAGUUGUCAGGGGAGACCAUGAAUAUCCCAGAAGAACAAUUAGAUAGUACACCAUUGUAUCAAGUAGAGAAACGCCUUGCAGAGAAGUGGACAGGGAUGCUGAAAGUAAAAGAAGAAAGAGUUGAACAGCUGGAAGAUUUGCAAAAGAGGCUGGAUGAUGUCUGGUACAAACUUGGCAAGAAGGAUUUGUCACCUUUCACUGGAGGAAUCACGGAAUUUGAAAUUGAGGCACUUAAGUGCCGUGUACAACUGCUUGAGCAAGAAAGAGACCGUCUACAGACAGUCUUUGAUGAAACAAGAAAUGCAAUUCAACAGAUAUUCAAUGACUUGGAUAUGAUGCCAACAUUUCCAUUUGAUAAGAUGGUUUUAUGUGAGCCCAGUUCUUUCCUUUUUGAUCAUAAAAAUAUGGUUGAUCUUAAGAAACUACAUCAAAAAAUGGAACAGAAGCUGUCUGACUCUAGAGAUUCUGCUACUGAAUUGCGUGAGAGAUUGAGCAAUCUGUGGGAGAGACUGCAAAUCAGUAGUGAAUAUAGAGAAACGUUUUUGAAUGCUCAUCGAGGCUAUUCUCAUCCAACUCUAUGUGCAUUAAAGGAGGAACUUAAACGAUGUGAAGCUCUUAAAAAGGCAAAUAUUGAGAACUUUGUCUGUCAACUCAGAGAAGAAAUUGUUUCUUGGUGGGAACGUUGUUACUUCUCUGACCAGCAGAAAAAUAAAUUCCAAGCAUUCUAUUACACUGACUUUAAUGAAGAUGUGUUGGAAUUACAUGAACUUGAAGUCAACAAAUUGAAGACCUAUUAUGAAAAAAACAGGGAUAUAUUUCAAUUAGCUGAUCAACGCAGUGAGCUUUGGGUAAAGAUGCAGCAGUUAGAAGCCCGGGCCAAUGACCCCAACCGUCUAUUCAAUAACAGGGGUGGUCAACUUCUUCGUGAAGAAAGGGAAAGGAAUGUUCUUGCUAAGACCUUGCCAAAGAUUGAGGCAGAAUUAAAGGAUAGGCUACUUGUCUAUCAGCAAGAAAAUUCAACCCCUUUUUUGAUUAAUGGUGAAAACCUUCUUGACACUAUCGAACAACAAAACAAUGAAAGGCUGGGCAUGAAAGAGUUGCAAAAGCAACUCAAGAAAGUGACACGAAACAACCAACUUGAAAUUGAAUCCAAGUUGGGGUCCAAACCAGUUACACCAACAUCAGUCAAGCGUGGAAGGUUGGGUCCUUCUACUCCAAGCAUGCUAGGAGUCAGUCACAAGACAUUAUCAUUGGCAGCGCGCAGUGCUCCGCCGAAGACAGAAGGUGUAACAUUGAAGCGGAAAGCCGGCAAUUCUCCAAAUCCUAAUGUAAGCAAAAAGUCUAAAGGGGGAAUGAAGUCAAGCGAGAAGAAGGCUUCACGAUCUGGAAACAAGUCAGGUCCCCGCUACAGUACAUCUAAAAUUCGGCGCUACGGGAAGGUACCCUCUAGGACACAGGAAUCAAACUCCAAAACAAGGCGUAACAUUAUGUCACAUUUGCCCUCCGACAAUUUAAGCAUUGCUUCCGGCAUUGGUCCAUACAGUGAAUUUCAGAAUCAGCUAGAGCUAAUGAGUGUGGAGAAGGCCUGUCGGAGCUCUGUUGUUGGGAAAAAUUGUCUCCGGGAGUUGAACACACCUGUACAGACACCAUCUAGUGUGUCUUCCACAACAAAAUUGACACUUACACCUGGAAGAAUCACAACAGCUACCCAUCUUACUGUUAAGCCAGCAACUUCAUUCACAGUUACUCCUAUGAAGCCUCCACGACGGAAUGGUGCUUUUGCCACCCCUACUCCUACUCAAGUGAGAAGGACCAGCACUCGUUUGAAUCUGAAAAGUCCAAAUGUUAAAUCACCUGCACCUGGCAAUAGUGCCAGACUCACCACUCCCAGAAGUAGGCUUCCAAUAGUUUUCUAGGUGUACUUACAUUUUUUAAUAUUUUUUUAUUGCAGUUUGAGAUUUAUUAGAUGUAUAUGCCAUUAAUUUGUGAUGGAUAGUGAUAAACUAAUUGUGUAUUGGGUGAUGGAAACAAAUACUUCAGUAUUUUUAUGUUAAAUCAUUCCUAAAAUGUGAAAUGUUAUUCAUAAUAACAUCGUUUAUAUUCUUAUUUUUAUUAGACUUGUACAAAUACUUUUAGAACCCUAUGUUUAAUUGUGAUUUACAUAUGAAUGAACCAGUGUUUUAAAAUUUAUGUCUGCUGAAAGCACUGUGUAAUGUAUGUUGAAAAUGUAUUGUUUUAUUAUUAACAUAGUAUUUUAAACAUGUAACCAAGUAGUGUUUUUGUUUCACUUAGCUUUGUUUCUCAUCUGUCUGAGGCAAAAUUUGCUUAUGUAUUCACUGCUCCUUUGAAGUAUGCUAAACGUUUCAGUUACCAUGUUGUAUAGUAAUUACUGCAUUGUGCCUUAUGUUUUAUUAUUUUUGUUUAAUUCCAAUAAAAGAAAGUAAUUACAGUUCA